AUUUUUAAUUUACCUGUUUAGUUUCAAUGUUUCACAUUUGUUUUCCUUGUUUUAUUUUUUUCAGACAAGAUCAGAUCAUAAUAUUACGAAUAUGAAUAUCUGCAUCACUCUGCCUCAUUCUAUUAUUCUGUCACCAAUAUUCACACUUAGGAGCUCCACAGUUGAAUCCAUGCUGAACACUGAGCAUCUCCAACUGGACGCCUUGUACCUAAGCGUCCAACAGUAAUAACAGCUUUUUUUUUAUUAUGCAAAAAAAGGCAUUUUCAUUCAAGUAAGAUCACAAAGAGUGAAGUUCUGUCUGAAAAUGUUCAGAUUUACUGGCUCAAGGUUUAGCUUAUAGGAAGCUAUGGAUUUAACAGUCUUUAUGAUCCAAUCUUCAUGCUCAAAUGUGAAUCCAGGCUCCAGACAAUCAUGUGGAGGCACACUUACAUCCAUAAAUGAUUUGCAGGUUUAUUGUUUAUUUUAUUGGAUCCCCAUUAGCUUCUGCCACAAAGUGCUAAUCCGUGUCCACACAUUAAAAGAUGUUCAAAUAAAACACUGAUACAAUCAUGAGAACAAGGUAUUGGAUAACGAUAAUCUGCACAAAAAGACAGAAAAAGACCCACGCGCUAUUUCUUCGUUUAUCUUACACGGAUAUAAAAACAAAAAACGUGGAAUAAAAACAUAAUUGGUAAUGAGAUAGCAGCAAGUAGGUAUUUUUCUGUCCUUUAAUCCAGGCCCCUGGCCAUGUUUUAUCCAACUGUCUGUAUGAUGAUGAAGAGUGGAAAGACCUUCCUCGGCAGGACGUGUUAAUAGAUAGGAACUCAUCCGUCUCUGGUCUUUAUAAGGAAAGUAAAGACAUUUUGGCCAAAACCAGUGGUUCUGUCAAGUAACUUUUAACAAUAAGCUGUGAUUCAGGAGAAAUCCAUCUGGUUUUCUGUCUUGGUUUUCAGUGAGAAACAACUUUCCUGGUCUGGCUUGUGAGUGUAAAAAAAAAAAAAAAAGGGUUCACGCAGGUGUCAAGCACGUAAAAAUUUCAUUCAAAUCCUUCAAAUGAGGUUCCUCAUUUUAACAGCUUUGAUGCAAUACCUUACAAAAAAAGUUACAAAUUGUACAACAUGCUUUGCAUUAAAACCUCAGAUUUAAGGAACUAUUCAUCAUAACAAAUGAUAAUCACACAUACUUUAUUUGAUAUAUCAUAAACUAAAUGUAAUGUCAUAAUGUCACAAAGAACUUGUUUUUAAAUAGGCUACUACUUAUUUUUCUAGAAUAUCAAAUAGUCAUGACUAAAUAAGCAACAAUCAAAUUUAUCGUAAUUUAUUUUGGAAAACACACAUCCCAAAUUAUUACUUUUGUAGUUUAACAAUCCAAGAAACUCAGCUGAUCUGCUUCAUUGGGACUAUGCAGGUGGGAUUUGAUCAGAUUUGAGUGACAGUAACAAAACAACCAAUCAAUUUCAGCCUUUAACUUUUAAGCCAACACAGACGAGAAGUCCUAAAAAUGCUCUGGAUACAAUUAUAGCAGCCACAGUGCUGGCCUAUCAACAGAUUAAUUUCCAUAACAAGUGAGCAGUGAUGGAGACUCACUCCAGUCACUGAUUCCAGCAACAUGAUGAAUUUGAAAGCUCCAGUUACAACUGCUCUACAACUUGUUUGGGCAUUGCAUCUUAAUAGUUACAGAACAAAAUCACCAACACAUUGCUACAUGACGGUUUAUUUUACACCAUUUUAUCUGUCCACACAUCCCCUAAGCCAAACCAGAUUUUCCUUAAAUGUCUUAGUCUAUAUUUAGGAUAUUGUAUAGUUAUGUUCAUCUGAAAAUCCUGAGGAUUUUAAAGCCUCCACUCCUUUAAACAGGAUGUGCCACAUUCAUCAAAUUUAUGACUCUUUGGAGACAAACAUAUGUCUUGCGCUCGACACAAAAUGUGUCAGCAGUGUGUUAAAUCGCAGCACACUCUGACAUUAUUCAUAUUAAUAACAUACACUGUGUUUAAAGUAACAUGCGAGGUCAUGUACCUAAAUUUGCUGAGAGUGUCACAUCCUUUCAGAGAGCAUAUGAAGAUAGAGUCGGUCAUCUCCACGGUACGAGAGGACGCUGUUUAUAAGACAAGUCUCUCUCUGGAUUAACUUCUGUAGAUGUUGACCACUUUUCAUCCCUAGAAGUCAUUACUCUUUGAGUUUGUAGUGUGUGUGUGUGUCUUCUCCCUAAGCUGAGGCUAUUAAGUUGUUUUAAACCAAACGGCGUACUCCAAAUCACUUUAGUAUGGAGUCUAUUUACAAUACAAUAUCUACGGCUGACUCCUGGGUAAAAGGUUGAGGCAUCUGUCUCCAGCAAACAUUACGGGAGUCAUUAGCUGAAAUUCCUGCUGGGAGUGUGUACAACAGAAGUCUGAAUAUUAUAGUAUCAUCUGAGCAAAAAUGGUUCAAAGUACACGACAACAGCUUAAGUUUGGAAACAAACCCAGAAACAUGACAUUAGCAUUUAAACUAAAAAAUAAGUCUGAAAGAUUCAGUUAGUCUUUUCACCACAAAAAGACUAAGUCACGAUUGAUUCAAAAGCCAUUUCAUUGCUAUAAUGACUUCUAUAGCCUGUCAAGAAAAGCUAAUACUGACAUUAAUGACACUAAGCACAACACAAAAUUGCCUCGUAUGUAGACGAUGUCAUACUGUUUUCACAGCCUCCUCCCUUGAUGUUUCUCACCAGAAACUAUGACGGCUUUCUGUUUGGCACCAAAAACAAAAGAUUUCCAAUUCUGCACAAAGCGGCUUGACUUUUAAGUGGUAUUGCACUUAAAAAAAAGAAGUUAUUAAUAAUAAUAAUAACAAUAAUAAUAAUAAUAACAAUGGUGAUGCUUAUUUCUCUUCUCACCUCUCGGUUUCACUUCUGCCAUUCAGUAGCCAACCCACUAUUCAUUCAUCCUUUUCAACCAAUGGAGAGUCUUCCUGCCAACAUCAGCUCCACUCCCUCCACUGAGCCCCUCCUCACUCCAGACGCAACUAACUGCACCGCCUGGGACCAGCGGUGGGGUACACCGCACUUGCACAGGUUAGCCCACCUGGAUGUGCAGCUGUACCAAGACUUCUACGCUGUGUGGGUCUCUCUGAUGGUGUGUAACUGUCUGAUGCUGGUGGUCGGUGUGGUCCUCAACAGUUUGGCUCUCUAUGUCUUCUGCGGGGCCUCCACCCACCCCUCAGCCUCUGUAGUUUACACCAUAAACCUGGCUGUCGCUGACCUGCUGGUGGCGCUGUCACUGCCUGCUCGCAUUGCCCUGUACCACAGCGGAGGGAGUUGUGUGGCUUGCUCUUACGUUCACACCUUCAGCUACUUUGUCAACAUGUACUGCAGUAUCCUGUUUCUGACCAGUAUCUGUGUAGAUCGGUACCUUGCUGUCGUCCACGUGUCCAGCACUCUCCAUCGAUGGAGGACCACAGGAGCAGCCAGGUGUGUCAGCGCCACAGUGUGGUUCAUUGCAGUUGUGGUCACCUACUCUUUCCAGACCACAGCGUUGGAGUUGAGUUCAUCCUGCGUGCUCCUCCCUGCCCUCUUCUACCUCACCAUCCUGGAGUUCCUCCUCCCCCUCCUCGCUGUGGUGGGCUUCACGCUGCGCGUUGCGUGUUUUCUCUCCUCCACCCACGGCCUGAUGCCCCAGCAGAGCAGGGCGAGGAGGGCUCGUGCCAUCAGACUUCUGGCCACCGUCCUGGUGGUUUUCACUGUUUGUUUCACGCCCUUCCACAUCCGCCAGGUGCUGGUUUACUUCAGGGUCAAAGUCGGCGGGGAGGGUCUGGGCCAAGGGGCGGGGCACGUGCUCGCCUAUCACAUCACGGUGACCCUGAGCAGCCUGAACAGCUGCCUGGAUCCAGUGGUGUACUGCUUCGUGACGGACAGCUUCAAGAGAGUUUGGAGGACGAGGAGGAGGGGAGGAAGGGAGGGAGACGGGGAGGCCGGGCAUACAAGUGCGGGAGAAGUGGAGAGGAACUCGGUGAAUAAAUGUUCAGGUACAGCGCUGGCGAUAGCUCACAGCGUCGCCACUCUCACUCUCACCAGCGCACCCCUCUCUGCAGCCAGCAUGGACCAGUCCACUUAGACAGGUGGCCUCCCCUCCACACCUGUGGAUGGAACAGUCCAGAGAGACAGUGAUGGAUGAACAGAUACAGAGAAAAGAUUCAGAGGCUGGAAAAAAUAAAGAUAAAAACAAAAAUAUAAACACUUUCAAUUUCUUUUCAAGAUGAACAAAACAAAUGACAUCAGUGACUGCAUCCAUCCCCGUCCCUUUAUCUCUCCAUGUUCUCACCUUUCCUGCCCUCUGACCUCGUUUGGAUGUUGUCCCGAGACUGGUGAGAACAAAUACUGGACCACAAAGUGAUGGUUUUGAUGUGAAAUUAAUGAACUCAUACUAAUGGAGAUAUCACAUGCUUCAUUAAAUGUGAUGCUGAGAGGUGCCCCUGUGACUUAAGGGUUAAAACAGCGAUUAUGAUCUGCAACAUCCCUGAUUGAAGCCUGGCUUCAGGCUUUUGUUGCAUGUUCUUCCCCAUCUCUCUCUCUCUCUCUCUCUCACCACAAUUCCUGUUCCAAUUAACUAAUUAAGGCAUAGAAUACCAAAAAUAUAAAUUGAAGAAAUGUGAUGUCAAAUACUGAAAAAGUGGAGUGGAUUAUUAAGAGAGUACAGAGUUUGUAUUUGACAUCUAGGUUCUGACCUCGUCCCUCCCCUCAGAAAACAUCAAUAAUAAUAUCGGCAGUCACCCACUAACCAUGACCUCAGUAGUUGAAUGAACUCCUCUCAGAAAGUGACAAACUUAAUGUAUAAGCAUUGUUAAGGAAGAAUUUGUGGCAGAACAGCUGUAUUGGAUUGCGUCACACAGUUGACUGCUGAAGUACAGCAAAAUGCAAGGGUGGUAUUUUUAUUUCCACAGUCUUGUGGCCAAACUAUGAUGCUUUAAAUGGAAGCAGUCUGUUGUACGCUCUCCUACCUUUCCUGUCACUAUGUUUGGCCUGUGUAGCUGCGUAAAACCUAAGUGGAGGUUAAAAACAUCUGGGAAAGAUGACAUCAGCAACAUUAACACGCAGAAUGAAAGAGUUAGAGAGCAAUACAAUGAGACGGAGUCUUGAGUCAACACAUUAAAUAAGCUGGAAGCGAAGCUCUCUUCAGACGUAUAAACACUUGUAACAGUCUCUCAAGUACAUAGUGCAGCUCUCUUUAAAGCCUUUGUGUAAUAUUUUAAGUGUCUAAAUGGAAGAGUGCCGUCAGCAUCGGAGGGAAAACCUACAUCAACUUUAAAGGAAAUUAUUAAAAACACAAUCACAAUUUUAGUUCCUAUUAGUGUUCUAUUUUAUUUUCCAAACAUUUUAGAGGACAUGAUGUUUUAUGCCAUGUAACCAUACAACUGAAACUUUCCCCACUUCAGUUGUUUAUGAUGCUUCCUAAACGUUAUAAAACAUCUAAGAGACAGGAACAUACAGUUAUGAUACUCUCUGUACUGCUUCCUCCUGCUUUCUGUUUUCCAUUUGUUGUUUCAGAAGGUUCCAGAGAACCGUGCUCGCUUGUUAUUUUUCAAUUUGUGUAAAUUUGGGAGAUAACUGAACUGAGUCAAAAGACAGAAAGUUUGGUUGAUACUGUACAUGUUUAUGGGUUAUUAAAAAUCAACUAUAUCCUCAGCACUACUUGUUGUAUCAUAGCAUUCCUUAAUGAUUUAUAUUUGUUAAAUGUAAAAAUCUCUAAACUCUAUGUGAAAAUCUAUGUGCAUAAACAUAUUCAUUGUAGUAGUCAA